AUGGAGGCUUCAAUCAUAGCAAUCAGAUUGCUUUUACUCCAAGUUUUGUCUUUUCUUGGUUAUGAUGAAUCUGAAAGAUCAUUGAAUAGAGGUAACGUUAUUGCACUAUUGACUCUUCUUUCAGAACAUGAUGUUGAAUAUUCCAAAGUUGUUUUGAAAAGGGCCAAUGGUAAUUGUCAACUUACUUCUCCUGUUGUUCAAAAAGACAUUAGCAAUGCUUGUGAAAAAGAGACAACUAAAGCAAUACUUGAAGAUCUUAAAGAUCUUAAGGAUGAGGGGAGGUUUUUUGUUAUCCAUGCUGACGAGUCUGCCGAUGUUUUUGAUAAGGAACAAAUGGCUUUUUGUUUGAGAUAUGUUAAUAAAAGGGGAGAAGUGUGUGAACGUUUUCUUGGUGUUGUGCAUGUUCCCAAUACUAGUUCUUUGACUCUUAAAGAUGUUAUUGAGUCAUUACUCAUGGAGUACUCUUUAACUUUCUCUCAAGGUCGUGGUCAGGGUUAUGAUGGCGCAAGCGAUAUGCAAGUUUCAAUCAAUGGCCUCAAAACUUUGAUAUUGAAUGAAUGUCUUCAAGCAUACUUUUCCCUUGAUGCCAUUGUUGGAGUUUCUGAUACACCUGAUUCAAAUAAAGCACAAUUUAUUACACACAUGUUGAUGUCUUUUGAUUUUGUGUUUGAGGCACACUUGAUGGUUGCUAUAUUUGGGAUUACAAAUGAAUUGAAUAUGGCAUUGCAAAAACGUGAUCAAGACAUUGUAAAUGCAAUGUCUAUGGUUGAUGUAACGAAGUUAAAUUUGCAAAAGAUGAGAGAUGAAGAAUGGAAUUCUCAUAUGGAGAAAGUCACUUCUUUUAUGGAUAAACAAGGCAUUGAGGUUUCAAAUAUGGAGGGGAACUAUGUUGUUCCUGGGAGAAGGAUGUAUAGAGAUGAUAGAUUUUGGAAUUUGGAGACUAUUAAUGAGCUUUUUAUGAAACUUGUUGAGGCGGGAAAGCAUGCAACUCAUGACCGGGUCUACUUGCUUUUGAAGUUUGUGUCGACUCUCCCUGUUGCAACAGCAAGUGUGGAAAGAAUGUUUUCUGGAAUGACGCAAGUGAAAGAUAAAUUGCCCAAUAGCAUGGGAGAUCAAAUGUUGAAUGAUUGUUUGAUUAAUUAUCUAGAGAGAGAUAUGUUUUUGAAUGUUAAUAUGAAUGAUAUAAUAGAUAGUAGAACAAUUGCAAUUUUGAUAUUUGGUUGUAAUAACUGA